GUCAAACAAAAUUAACUUAUCUCCGCUCGAGUGCUCGGCUUCUCGCGUAGUCACAUUCCAGAAACACACGCAAUCGAAUAGAGUGCAGUGAAUGAUAAUGACUUCGCCAUCGGUCAAAACUGAAACGAUAGAAUCGGAAAUCCUACGUCAUGUGUGUCGGCUAUGUCUGAGCGAAAAUGACCUUGCAGAUGUAUUUAAGGAAGACGAUCUCCAUCAAUGGAUAAUGGAUUUUCUCGCUAUAACGAUAUCCUCCGACGGCCGCUUGAGUCAGGCUAUUUGUAAUUCAUGUCGAACACAGCUAACUGAGUUCCAUCAGUUUCGCUUGCGCAGUCAAGAGGUAGAAAGAGCACUACAAUCUUCCAUCCGCAAUGACAACGUAGGAACUGAAACAUCGGAAAUUCAGGAAACAUUCGAAUCAAUGACAAAUAAGUUGAAACAAGACGGCUCACACGAAGAAAGUGCUGAAAUACCAGACGAACCAAGUAACCAGAUCGUGGAGUCGGAAGAAAGGGAAGAAACUAAAACUGCAGUUGAGCACAACGCUUAUGAGAUUGAUGAUCAAGAGGAUGAUAAUUCAUUGGAUCUGAAAUUGUAUGACGCGCCAUAUCCUAUAAGACUGAAUUACGAGGAAAACGGUGGCGCAAGCUGUUUUCAGCAUGAGCCACAACAUGAGUGUACAAUCAAUAGCACGGCACAUGUAGACUCGAACAACGCAAAAAAGGAUGUAGAGCAGAACGAUACCACAGAGCUGAUUGAACUGCACGACGCCACAGAUAAUAAAGCAUUGGACGACGCCACGGCUAAUGUGGAACAGAACGACGCCACAGGAAAUAAUCCUGCAGUUGAAACUUCUCCCAAAUGCCAUGAAUGUCAUAAGAUGUUCGAUUCUACAGAAAAAAUGUUGCGCCAUCAUAAAGUUGUACACGGCCCCAGGAACAUUGUUUGCCGAAUUUGUGAUGUGGCAUUUACCCGCCGACAAGAAUUAGAAAGGCAUCAACGCUCUAAGAAGCAUAAAGCACAAUUGGAGAAGGAGAAGCUUCAAGGUCGAAAACGCCUGAAAAAUGAUAAUACUAGCCAGGCAAGGGUGUUCGAAAAAGCGGAAGUAAUGGUGAUUGAAGAUGACGCGAGCGUGGCCGCAAAUGUAUCUACAAACAGUGGAAGUAACUUCGAUACCGAGCAUCAAGCGCAGGUGGAUCAGCAACUGGAGUGUGAUAUUUGUCAUAAAUUACUCUUCGGUGCUAAAAAACUCAACGCUCAUAAAAAACGUCAUGACAUAAAAGGGGAAAUGUGUCCCAUAUGUCAGAAAAAUUUUCUAAACCGGUUCGUACUGAAUCGACACAUGAAACUUCAUGAACCGAUACAGCAACAGACCGCCGCAGAACCAGCGAAGUAUUUUUUAGCAGUUACCGGAGAAUACAAAUGCCCUACGUGUCCGCUCGUGUACACGUCUGAACUAACAUUGAAGCAUCACCAGAAAAGAGCGCAUGGACCAAAGGUUCACAAAUGUAAUUUCUGCGACCAGUUGUUUUCAAUUCGUUCAGAAUUGACAGGGCAUAUGAAAAGAAAGCACCAUAAUAUAGAGAAUGUUGCGGAAUAUGCUUGAUGCAUUUUUGGAUCUAGCUGAAACUGUAGGUUUAGUAUCGUCCAUCAGAAAUUCCCAAUAAAGAUUUGAGUAUACAUAAAAAAUAUUAG